CCGGGCAAAACAGGUUGAUUUUCUGGAGGAUGCCUCGGCUAGGAGAUGACCAGAACAUGGCCACGGCGUACCCGGACCGAGUGAGCACGAACCUGCGAGGUAGCUGGCUGAGGAAGCUCGCGAUGACGGUGGUGGGCACUCUCUUACUGUACAACGUAGUUUUCAAAGACUACAAGAAUCAGACGAAGACGGGCAUGUCCAAUAGGGGUAUCGCGGGCGACAUCGAGACCAUCAUCCCUAAGACCAGGGCUGAGAAACUCAAGGAAGCACUAGAGACCAAGAGGACGAUGGCGGAAAAGAACGAGGCCCUGCACUACCAGGUGGGCAACCUGACCAACGCCGUGAUCGAGCUCCAGGAGCUUCUGGUCGAGACCAACGGGGUCACCAUCCAACACCCGGUGACCCUACCCGAGCCGGAGGAGGGGGAAGGGGAAGACGGCGGCGGCGGCGGCGGCGGCGGCAAGAACAAGGCCGCCGAAGGCGUUCGCGCCUCGCAGGACGGAGACGAGGGGGAAGAUGGAGAUCACCCUUACGCGAUGCUAAGGGGGGCGGAAACGGGGCACGAGGACAAAUACGGGGGGGGUACCGGCGAUGCUGCCGGCAAAGUAAAGAAUAGCGACGGCGGCGGUGGAGCAGGCGGUCGGCGGUUGUCGUCGCCGUUGGCGGAGACAAAGCGUGACGCAAAUGGACGGCGGCCGGCGGCGGGCGGGGGCGGAUCCCGCUCACGGCAGCGGUUGAGGCGACAGCAGCAGCACCGCAGUCGCCGCGAGGAGUUGAGUAAUCUUCCAGGAGAAGGGGGUCCCGCAAGAUGAAAGGCGGCACCCGCGGGCGGGACGCGGACGCCGUGACGACGCCAUCUUGAGGUAGGGGGGGCCCGCGAGAUGAAGGGCGGCAGGGCGCAGACACCAUGACAUCGUCAUGAGGUUUUCUCUUGUCCGCGAGUGCGUGGAAUGGACUGCUUCUUAUUUCAUCAUCGCACACACGUCUGUGUGUGAGAGGCAUCCCCGUGGGUGGGAAUUCGCGGAGGCGGCGCGUGUCUUGGUGAUGUUUUGGCAAGUGGGGGUAGGGGAGUCGAAUCGCGUUUUGACGUGGUAUGAAAUGCCAAGCCCCUCGCGAGGUUCCCAGAAGGGGGAGCAUAAGUAGCUUACCUGUAAAGGCGGCGGGGAAAGCUCUCUGCUGCGUAGAUGGAAGCUGCCGCUGAUCACCUCUCGGUUCUCUCUCGCGUCUUUUGAUUGUCUACCUCCGACGCUGCAGUGAGAUAUCCUGGGCUGGCUGUUCGCCACACACAGCGCUAUGACGUUUUUGUGAAGAAUGUGCUUACGUGUGUAGCUUAGAAGAGUCAGCACGGCUCUGGCGCUGUUUUCAUCUUGCGCUGGUGGUGGUGUUGUCGUAGGCGGGCUGUGUCGGUCUCGUUAAGUAGCGCGUUUUUGUUUUUUUUUGGACAAGUCCCUCCAGUCGUCCCUCAGAGAUUGUGCGGUUGGCGGCCGUUCAUUUUUCAGUAGUGCCGCACCUGUUCAGCUCAGCUGCUCGGGAUGCAAGACGGCGGCAGCGGCAAAACAUGUUAGACUAGGUUCUCUGGUGAAGGAGGGAAAGUUAACGUUGUGUCUCCCUCUCUUCCCACUGUCCGACCUCUGUAAACUCGUAGUACAUGGUCAUGGGGCGGUGGUGUCGUUUUUCAACCCGGUAGUGGCCUUCCGCGUUACUCUACUCUUCACACAAGCGGGUCUCGAGACCCCCCUCCCUCGAACUUGAUGCUCGUAUUUGUGUGCCGUUAUAUACCCGUUCGGUUCGAAGCAACAUGCUUAAAUAGAUAUCAUGUACCCUCGUCAACGAGGGCGGGCGGCUGGUAGACGCACCGUACGAUCACUUAUUGGUCGCGUUUUGUGUGGUUGUCGUGUUCUGGCUGGGAUCUUACGCACGUACGUGGUAUGUAUUUGCCUCAUCGGUCAACUUUUUUGUCUGGCGGUUCUGUUAAAAUGUUUAGUUUCUUUUGUUGAUUUCAAGGACCCCACAAGUUCCCCUGCAAUGACAAAUAUGGUACGUACCGGAGGCGAACCACCAGUUCCUCCCCCUUUCUGUUUUUUUUUUUUGUUAGCAUACAGUAUAGUAGUCGCCAAGAAGAGCUCGAAGAAUAUGUGUCUUUAUUGAGUCGCGAUGUGCCACGCCUGCUUGGAUUUGUGGCCUCUCGGAGCAUUCGAUGACGAUUCAAACUCGGUCGUGCUUGGACUUGAGCCCGU